AUGACACCCUCUAGGGCCCGUCAUGCCUGUGAAGCAUGCCGACGUCUGAAGAGAAAGUGUAACAAGGAGCUGCCUUCGUGCUCACUCUGUAUUCGCCUUGGCAAGGUCUGCGACUAUUCCAAUCCCAGCUCAAGCAGAGCUACAGAAGCUGCAGGUCUAUACCCCUUGUUCGAAGAUCCUGGCUGCUCAUUCCCGUCAUCCUUCUUCAUGGAUGCACACCUCUUUACUCCCUUGAACACCACCAACGCUUUGACAAGGGGUCCUACAUCUCGCUUACGGCUAAUCACCUCGGAACACCUGGCCAUCGAAGAGCGAGGGGCUCUGCACGAGGAAUACUUUACUUCCAUGCAUCAGUGGCUUCCCAUGAUCAGCGAGAAGCGACUACUAGACGCUCACCUUGCCUUGAAUGAUGCCUGUCACGAUCUUCUCCUACUUUGCAUGAAACUCUGCAUCAUUCGUGUUGACAAAUCACCGCCCUCCCAGCAUCCUUUGUAUUGCUUGGCGAAAUAUCUCUCCUCUUCCGCCGAAAACGAAGGCCUAGCCUCUCUUCGACUCAUCCAAGCACUUGUUCUUCUUGCUGUCUAUGAACUAUCACACGCAAUUCAUCCGGCUGCGUAUCUCACCAUCGGUCGCGCAGCUAGGCUGGUCAUUUUGAUAGGCUGGCAUGACAGAGAUGCCCAACAACUGUUCAAGCCAGCCGAUACAUGGAGUCUACUGGAGGAGCAGCGCAGAACCUGGUGGUCCGUUUUCAUACUCGAUAGAGUCAUCAACACAGAAACCAGCGGGUUACCGUUUGCCACGCCAGAGCCAAGCCCCGAUGAACUCCUGCCAGUGAACGAUGAAGACUGGGGCAGAGGAAAAUCAAUCCCCAGUCAACCACUGUACACGGCAUCAUUCAGCACCUACGCACCUCUCGGCUGCUUUGCCAGGACAUGUCAAGCGGCUCACAUGCUCGGCAAGGUCAUCAACAAUAGAGAUGCCAAGCAGAGAUCUUCACAAGAGGCCGCAGCUCUCCUCACCGAGGCCCAGGGCCUUCAUCAAGCACUGGCCGCCCUGAAACUCUCUAUCGAGCAGACUGCGGGCUAUGAAUCUGGCGAGUCUGAAUAUCCCCUGUGGAGUGCCAUCGCCAUCUGCGUCUCAGCUCAAUCCCACCUGUACAGUUCAUACGGGUGCCCAGAUGCCCCAGGUACCGCGAGUCGAGCACGAUUGGCCCUAGACACAGAGAUGCAAGGUCUCAGCGUAGAGGGGUUGCGAGUGUUGGCCUCCUCCACAGGUCCUAGACUGGCCCAGAUUCCAACUCAGUGCCCUUUGAUGGCAAGAUGCUUCUAUGCUGCCGCGACUGCAUGUGCGUGGUUCAUACGCGAAGAUGGUGAGCCAGAAAUGCGAGACGCCUUGAGACAGAUGGUGAGCAGCUUAACGGUGCUGUCGACGCGUUGGGCUAUUGCAGGUGAAUAUCUUGCCUUGCUUGAACAGAGUGGAACCUUGAACCUUAUCGACACUGAGCCUAUCAUGGUUGACGCUUUCUCUCAAUAG